CUCAAUGAAUGGGCCAUGUCUGUUCUAGUGAUUCUAUUUAUACGGACACAACACUAUCCACUAUGCUCUGGCACCUAACCUUGUGACACUAGGGAGGCAUGGGAUUGUUAAAGAGGGCCAGGUGCCUGUGUCUUAAAUCACUCUGCUGCUCCAGAGGUAUGGUAUGUAUGAGACAGGCCAUUCUAUAAACAGAGGAAGAGAGACACAUGCAGACAGACACAAGAGCUGGACGUGAAUGAGAGUAGUCUCUACUGAUUUAAGACUAACUGACACAGGACUAAAAGUCUUUGGCUUAUUACAACUUCACUUGGCAGCAUCAUUAGCCAAGCUUUUCGUCAUUGGUAUAACUGAUCAUCUCCCUUAGAGUAAGACCAUGGAGAUGAAUACCCAGGCUCAGGUGUGUGCUACUGUGCUACAAAAGAGGGAAUUUGGUGGGAUCCAUCUUGGCUCUUUUUUUUGUUAUUCUGAAACCUUCUCUCUCCAGGAGAUGCUGUUGAAGCACCAAGAAUGUCUGAAGAGGCAAAGAGAAGCGGUGAAGUUCCGAAUGAAGAAAUUAAGCACAAAGCAAACUGAAAUCACUAAAAAGUCAUCAGCAAUGAGGGAGAGUAUAAGGAAGAAGUAUGAGGACAUCCAGAGGGUUCUGGAUGAGGACCUGGGGAUGACUCUAACCCACCUGGAGAUGGAGGAGAGAGCUGCAGUCACAGCCCUGGAGGACCUGAUGGAGAAGAACUGCACCAUCAUUCAGGAGAUAGAGCAGGAUCUGGCCAGGCUCACAGCUGAGCUGGCCCAGAAGGACUUUCUACUGCCUUAUUCACUGGACACUGAGAUAGUUGGCAGAGUGAUAGAUCUGCUGAGCAGGACAGAUCCCAGCAAAGUGAACUUGGAUGAGCCUAAAGCUGACCAGAUCCUCAGCCUCACCAACAACAUGCUGCUACUCAUACGCUCCCAGACCCCCAUCACCAAGAGACUCAUCAAGAGCUAUUCCACAGAGGUUUCCCUGGACCCAGAGACAGCGCACCCUAAGCUGAUAAUUUCCCCGCGCGGUGACAGUGCCACCUACACAGACACCUGGCAGGAACUACCAGAGCUCCCGGGCCGCUUUGACACCACCCUCAACGUGAUCAGCCUGCAGGGCUUCAGCUCUGGGCGUCACUACUGGGAGAUAGACGUGGCUGGUAAGACGUACUGGGAGCUGGGCCUCACCUACCCCACCAUCUCCCGCAAGGGCCGAGCUGAGGACUGUUGGCUGGGCCGUGGCUCUGAUUCCUGGGCUGUGGAGUUCUUUGAUGGGGAGUACACAGCCUGGCACAGUGGGGUGCCCCACCAGCUGCCUGUCACAAAACACAUCAGCCGUAUUGGGGUGCUAUGUAGUUUCCCAGGGGGGAUGGUGUCUUUCCUGGGGGCGGACAGCAUGACCCCUCUGUUCUCGUUCUGCGCAGGGGCUUUCAGGGACUGUCUCCACCUGGCGUUGUGCUCAGGUCACGAUCACAAUGGUACAAACACCAAACCCAUUGUGAUCUGUAACGCACCUCCACCUCCUAGUGCUUUCCAGAAUGCCCAGGAAUGCUGACUCUGCUCCUUAUGAUGCUGCUACUGACUCUUAAAGGCUUUAUCAUUGGAUCAUCAGCAUUUAGUCAGCGAUGUUAUUUGUCAAUUUCUCAUGUUGCUGCUCUUUUAUCUAUACAAGUACUUAAAUAUGCAUUCUGUAAUCUAUUAAUGACUGGAUUUAAGGUGCUGUUUCGAGGUAGAAGGGGAGGAUCAAGAUCCUUUUAAAUUUAUUGUGGUUCCAGUUUUAGAGAAGUCCAUAUCUUUCUAACCAAAGUAUUAGUGGUUUUAGCUAUCAAAUAAA